AUGCUCGUGUCGAGUAAUCAGAAAUGCAAAACACCUGCUGACCGGUGCUUCUCCCACCUUAGACAUUCCUUGCUGUGCGUGCGAUGGCGAUUGCCCUUCUGUGUCUCUGCAUUCUUCGAUCUUCCCGAUCGUGGUCAGGAGUGGGAGUUGAACUCGCUUCUGCAAAUUCAAGGGCUGUGGCGCUCCAAAUUAUUGCCGGGCCCAGAAGACAUCGUCGGGGAGCAAGAGCCCAGGACAAAGCGCACGGCCGAGGACAACAGAGCGUCACGCAGAGAUGAGGCGCAGCAGGCGAGUGCCGGAGGCCACGUUGAUCAGCUCGAAGUCUACGAGAUCUCACGUCCCCACCCGGAAUGCAGCAAGGGGUCAUGGGCUCCCGAGGAGAUCAACGGCGGUGACAAUGAUGGUGGAGAGCCAGCGGAGGCCCUCGCCAAUGGCACGGAUUCUCGGGGUGGGCCUGGAACUGGGGCUUUUGCGGAGCAGAUGGGCUUGCAGCAACCCGCACGUGGAGCUGCUCUGUCAGGGUUUACCGAUCCUAUCACGGACGUUGAUGUCCCGCAGAGCGCUGAAGACGAGCAAGCCACCACCGUCCCGCGGGCAGACAGCCUCCCCGCGGUGCUGAGUCCAGGCCCCCCCUUUCUUGCAUCGCGCGGCCGAAUCUCGCGGCCACAGCGGAGCGGAACAAGUCCUCGUCCGGCGAGGGACUCUCUUGUUUCCCGAGCACGCGCCGAGCGUCUGGCCUCGACAGACAGUCGGCGGACUAAGCAUAGCAGCGACCAGAAUCGAAAUGCCCCGGUCCCUUCGAGGGCGUUGAUACCGGCGCCGCGAGCUGCCGCCCCAUCUACGGCCUCCUCGCUGGCAUUGCACAUCCACGCCUGCACGUUCGACGGCCAGGUCUGCUCAAAUACCACGUCGUCUGAAAUCACAAAUUGCGUCCUGUCCCGUACGAUGAGCUACGUGAUUCCCAUCGCCACGGGCGACAAAGAUGUCUCUGUCAGCGACGAGAGAUGCCCAAGCGGAGGAAAGGAUCCCCUCAUGUUUGAACCGCAGGACGGCGUGGCCUCCAGAUUAAUGUACGAUAUAUUUCGAGGGCUCCGUCGCGAACUGCCCAAGAGCUGUAUCGGAUACAUCACGCGUUGCGCAAUGCUCGAGUUUUCUGACACAGACAAUGGGAUAAGGGAUCUCCUUGGGGGGGUCCCAGAUCAGGAUCUUGAUUCUCCAGGGGAAGACCCCGCAAAUGGCGGCCCACUGGUGACGGUAAAAGAUUUUGACGAGCUGCUGUGCCGGGCCAAUCGAGCUCGUCGAUUUUGGCACCAAGAACGUGGUGCCACGGGGGAAAUGGUCUGUGUUCUUGCCGUCGACGUGAGGUGGAAAUCAAGAGCACGGCCUCUCAUCACUGGCCGCUCGAAGGUGUCAUUCAUUGACGCUGUGGGAGUCUCGCCCGGGGGCGUGUGCGGAAGCGGCCUGGAUGGCUUGCCACGUCCCAGUGGACGCAAGCUCGCUUCCCUUCUCGGCGAAAUAGCCGUUGCUGAGCCGGGGGCCGUGGUCGAAUACAGCCAAAACAAGGUCUGUUUCCCUCUGACGCCCCCUCUCUUCGUCGCGUGGCCGUCCGCUCACAAAGCAUAG